UGUGGAAAAAUGGCCGCUCUCGGAACGAGUCCUGGAUCGGGGAACAACAUUAAAGCGAGUCCGGGGCGACACAGCUGACCUACGGCGAACCUGCUUCGGCCCGGCCCGUCCUCUCCAACUCUCCCCCGAGCGGAUGGGUGAAGAGGCCCGAACCAAGGGGCGCAAGGAAGCACAGCGAGUCCGUUUAAGAGAGCGGAGGAAGCGGGACGCUAGCUAGGAAGCUAACGUUAGCUUAACGUUAGCUUGCUAGCUAGCUAACCUAACCGAACCUAGACCAGCUAAAGCCCGAACGGUUUGGGUUUUUCGUGGGCAGGCAGGCGGUCAUUUUGCGCUAAUAAAGCGAGCCGAGACAGCUGGAGCUUUAUUACUGCUAGCAUGAGCGGACCCGGGCAAGACAGCGAGCCAGAGGCUAAAGUCCUCCACAUUAAGCGGCUGUACAGGGCUGUGGUGGAAUCUGUACACAAGCUGGAUGUCAUCAUUGGUAGCAAGUCAUCGUACAGGGAGGUCUUCAAGCCAGAGAACAUCAGCCUGCGGAACAAGCUGCGUGAACUGUGUGUGAAGCUGAUGUUCCUGCACCCCGUAGACUAUGGCCGCAAAGCAGAGGAGCUGCUAUGGAGGAAAGUCUACUACGAGGUCAUCCAGGUCAUCAAAACAAACAAGAAGCACAUCCACAGCCGUAGCGCUCUAGAAUGUGCCUAUAGGACUCACCUUAUUGCUGGAGUGGGCUUCUACCAGCAUCUUCUGCUUUACAUCCAGUCCCACUAUCAGCUGGAGCUACAGGACUGCAUCGAUUGGACACAUGUCACCGACCCCCUCAUCGGUCGUAAGAAGCCUGUGUCUGCUACUCCUAAGGAGAUGGAAUGGGCUCAGAUGGCUUGUCAUCGAUGUCUUGUAUAUCUGGGUGACCUUGCACGGUACCAGAAUGAACUGGCAGGCGUGGAGGCUGAGCAGCUGGCUGAACGCUUUUACCACCAGGCCCUGUCCGUCUCGCCCCACGUAGGGAUGCCUUUUAAUCAGUUAGGUACACUAGCUGGAAGUAAAUUUUACAAUGUGGAAGCCACCUACUACUACCUUCGCUGUAUUCAGUCGGAGACUCCCUUUGAGGGAGCGUACGGAAAUCUGAAGCGUCUGUUUGACAAAGCAGCCAAGAUGUACCACCAAGUAAAGAAGCAAGAGAUGAAGAAGCUCUCGCCAUCACGCCAGAGAUCAAAAGACAUCAAACGACUCCUUGUGAGCUUCAUGUACCUCCAGAGUUUGCUGCAGCCCAAGAACAGUGUGAUCGAGACAGAACUGACCUCUCUAUGCCAGUCAGUCCUGGAGGACUUCAACCUGGUGCUGUUCUACCAGCCCACACCUAGCCAUGGCGGCCAGUCUGUCAGCGAGGAAGAAGACGACCAUGAUCAGGCCUGCUCCGUGCUGCCCGACAGCCUGGUCUUUAAGAUGGUGGUGAUCUGCCUUAUGGUGGUACACAGCCUAAAGAGAGGAGGUUCUAAGCAGUACAGUGCCUCCAUUGCCUUCACACUAGCACUUUUCUCUCAUCUUGUCAACCAUGUCAAUAUCCGACUACAAGCUGAACUUGAGGACGGAGAGAGCGAGGUCCCACUACGCACUGACAACAUUGAUGACGCUGAUGUCAGAGAGCAGGCUGGCAUACUUCCUUCAGAAAAAAGAACCCUCCAGAAUGGUUCACUGGAAGAGGAAGACGAUGAUGACGAGGAAGACGAGAACAAUGAAGAUGGGUCAAAAAGGGAGAGGAGGGGAGCAGCAUCUAAGAAAGUGAAGAAGAGCGGAGAAGAGAAGCAAAAACAGAAGAGGAAGUAUACACGUUUGUCUAUGCUCCGGCGCCGACGUUGUGCCCGCGACGAGGAUGAAAGCGACCUGAGUGAGGGCUUUGAGAGUGAUGAAGAGGAGGAGGAAGAGCGCGGAGGUACCACAGAUGGGCUGGGGGUCUGUAGGCCGCCGGCUAAUUCUCUGGGAAAGGAGGGACGUAGCAGAGAGGGAGCCUGGGAGAGUGGCUCUGAGGAGGAAGAGGAGGGAGGUACUGCCUUUGACGUGGAAACCGACUCGGACAUGAACAGCCAAGAGUCACGCUCUGACCUGGAGGACAUAGAGGACACUGAGAACCCGGCACCGGAACAGCAGCAGCAGGAAGAGGAUGAAGAGGAGCAUCAGCCACCACAGCAGCCGCCCCAGGACGAACGCUCUACCCCACCAGCCACCAACGGGCCUUUGCUGUCCAGUGAUCCAAGUAUUAGCAGUAACCUGCAGGCCAUGUCUUCGCAGCUGUUCCAGGCCAAGCGCUGCUUCCGCCUUGCUCCCACCUUCAGCAACGUGCUGCUGAGCCCCCCCAGUGCCUCUAACCCUGCUCCUGACACAGAUCCCACCCCCUCACAAGAAGCCACGCCCCCUCCUGGAGACUUAUCUGGCAGCGCUACUCCAGAAAUUGCAAAUGGAACCAAUGACAAUGAUGUUGAAUCCGACACGGAAGACAGUGAGCACAGUAACCAGUCAUUUCACAGCGAGAAAACACUAUCUGAGAGACUUGAGAUACUGACCAAUCAGGGCCUUAUUCAGGUUGUGAAGGUCUUUGUGGAUUGGUUGAGGACAAAUACCGACAUCAUUCUUAUGUGUGCACAGAGUUCUCAGAGCUUGUGGAACCGCCUCUCUGUGCUGCUAAACCUACUGCCUGAUGGAAACAAGAUGUUAGAAGCAGAGUUGGGGCUGAAGAAGGAGGUGAGGGAGCUGGUGACGGAGAGCGAGCAGCCUGAUCUGGUGCAGACAGUGCUGCUGCCGGAGGACCAGGCGCUGCGGCACCUUCCUGCACUCAGCCUGGCCCACCGCAGACUGGAUUUCACCAGCCACAGACCCAGCCUCAGCCCCCUGCAGGAGUGUGUGGUGCGCUUGUGCUGCAUUCGCAGCUUUGGCCACUUUCUCACUAAUCUCCAAGGCAACGUGUUGCACUUCAAUCCGGAGGCAGGCAUUUUCACCAGCAUCAGCCAAUCGGAACAGGAUAACUUGGUUCAGCAGGCAAAGGCCCAGUUUCGCAUGGCUGAAGAAGAGGCACGCAGGAACAGGCUCAUGCGGGACAUGGCACAGCUGCGUCUGCAGUUGGAGGUGUCCCAGCUGGAAGGCAGCCUUCAGCAGCCCAAGGCCCAGUCGUCCAUGUCCCCAUACUUAGUACCUGACACAUCUGCUCUCUGCCAGCACCUAAACCUGCUGAGACAGCUGGCUGCCAGUGGCUGCUUCAUCAUCAUCAUCCCCCGCACAGUGAUCGAUGGACUUGACGUCCUGAAGAAAGAAAAUCCAGGCGCAAGAGAUGGCAUCCGUUUCCUAGAGUCCGAGUUUCGGAAAGGAAACCGAUAUAUCCGCUGCCAGAAAGAGUCAGGGAGGAGCUUUGAGAGGGACAAGCUGAAAAGACAGGACAUUGAAGCCUGGCACCUUUACAAGAUGGUGGACAGCUGCCGUCAACUGACAGGCACUCAGAACAGUGGAGAUGAAGACACGGCUGGCAUGGUGACCAUUCUGACCGGACACGCAGUCGCGGAACUGGCUGAGAGAUCAGCCCCAAUGAAGUCGGCCAUCCAGGCAGUGGCAGCGGCAGGCAUGGAGCUAAAGAACAUCGUGGAGUUCUACCAGCAGUGGAAGGAAAUGGGCUGAAAGAGGCAGAGGGACAGGGGACCAGCCCGGCGCUCAGCUGAUCACACAUUCACUCCCUCUCUCUUUCUCUCUCUCUCUCUCCCAUUCUAUUGCUCUGUCUGUAUCUGCGUCUCCAGGAUUAUUACAAAAAAAAUGAAAGUACUUGAGGAUGGAGAGAUGGAAAGAUUGAGGGUACGUACGGAGAAAGGGACGGUCAGAGGCAUAGGGGCUUAAACAUGAAAGCAGUGGCUCCUCGACCCCAACAUAGUAGGAAGAAAACUCCUAAAGGGUUGGAGGAAGGUAGGAAGAUACAACACUGGUUUAAGUGUGCCUGGUUUUACUAUAGCCAGGUAUAUACUGAUGAAGUGAGUAUAUACGUGUGGCGAGAGAAAUACACAUAACAAACACACACACACACACACACAAAACAAACCGAUAAGUAUAAAUAUAUAGAGCAAGGUUUCCACUUUUGAUUUCCUCCUUUUCCUAUGUUCUUGUUGAGAGGGAGUUGUGUUUAACUGGUAGGGUGGCAGCAAGGACAGGAUAACCACAGAGCAAGAGCACUCAUCCCUGACCAGAAGAGCAAGGCCAUUAAAUAUUAGGUCUGUUGCAAAAUUCGCAGGGACUCUUGCCUCCUGAGUUCACGAAGGAUUCAGAUCAUUGGAUGUACAUUUUUUUGGAUGGUUUUUCUUUCCUACGUGGCUGCUUUUUUCUUUUUUUUUUUUUUGCUGUGUUCUUUUUGUGACUAAUGUAUUGUGUUCAUCUGUAUAUGAAAAGGAUGGAUUAUGUAAGGCAGAUGGCUGGUUUUAUUUGAUUUUAUUUUUGUAUGUUGUAUUGUAUUAUUGCUUUUGUAUGCUGUGCUGAUCUCACGGGAACGACCUCGGCCUCGUAGAAGCCCAAAAGAAGUUCCGAUCAUCCUCCAUCUCAUACUUUCAUUAGCUGUUAAAGGUGGGGUGCAGCGCGAGUCAUCUGGCCCCGAUCAUGACUCCAGCCUUUAUUGCUAACAUACGUGAAGGUAGUUUUGUUCAACUCUAAACAUGAACUUCUCGCCCGUUUACCAUCACUACCCAUAGUAGUUGUUCCGUACUGCACAGUGCUAAGGAAAUCAAUGUAUGUGUGAGGCCAUGCAUUAAACAAUAAAAGAAGAAAGAAAUCUCAUGGAA